AUGCCGUUCUGUGAGGUAGCUAAGCACCAGACCAGUUUAAACGAUGGGGUUGGUGCUGCUAGCAGCAGCAGCAACAACAAUGGCAUCAAAAUUUUCUACAAAACUUAUGGUCAUGGACCCACAAAAGUUCUUCUCAUUAUAGGAUUGGCUGGAACACAUAAUUCAUGGGUUCCACAAAUAAAGGGACUUACAGGUGUGGAGAGGUCCAAUGAGGACGACGAUGGAAUGAGAACCGUUGAUCAGAAUUCAGGUGAUAAUGGGGAUGGGGGCUAUGGUGGUAAUGGUAUUCAAGUUUGUGCCUUUGAUAAUCGUGGUAUGGGAAGGAGUUCUGUGCCCACCAAAAAAUCUGAAUAUUCGUGA